AUGCCUGCUCCUGUGGACUUGGCGCAGGAGUUGCACAGCUUCUGUCAUCGUCUCGAUUGCGAUUUUGAUGCGGUCAGUUCCUUCCUCGACAGAGACAUUUCGUUUCGAGAUAAGUUCACAGCCGUGAUUUCGAGAUAUAUGUACCAGCCCCGGGUCAUGUCUAGUGUCGAGGCCACCCUAAAACCGACACAAGCCGGCUCGGCCAUGCCUCCCUGUACAUGCGAUGGUGAGGCAGGCUCAGGAUCAGACGGACAUGCACCUAGCCGCUCGCCAAUUGCUUCCGUCGAAGCCAAUCCACAAGCUUUUGGAGGCGCGUCGCCGACGCGCAAAUCCGUAGAGGCUGAUGGCGCGGCUGCCCCCAUGAAGCGUAGGAAGGAUAGCAGAGCUGGACGCAUCCCACCAAUCAUCGCCAAGUUGGAGAAGACCGGUAGCCCAGAGACUCUCAGAGCAGGCGGCUGCAGCUAG